UUGGGUGGAGAAACCUUGUCCAGGAAGGAUUCAUAUCCACAUGUAACCCACAAAAAGGUUUCACGUUUCCUCUUGGAAUAUCACUCGGGCUCGGUUCCUUCGCUUCUCUCUCUGUGCAACUUCACGUUAUUUAUGUGCUUAUAAAGACAGAUUUUGAGAUACCAGUAGCUUUAGUAUCAAAAAAGAAAGUUGGGGGGUUUAGGCAUCUGAAUUGGGAAUUUAAUUAACGCAAGCUUCAAUGGAUUUUGAUAGAUACUUUGGUUUAUCUACUUCUUCAAAGAACUAUCAGUCUACUAUCAAGUCUCAAUUUGGUGUUAUUGAAGCAGAUUUUUGCAUUGAUUUGGAUGAGAUAGAAGAAGAUGAUGAGGAAAUGAAGGGGGAGUAUCCUUGCUCAUUUUGUUCGGAGGAUUUUGAUUUGCUUGGAUUGUGCUGCCAUAUUGAUGAGGACCAUCCAUCAGAAGUAGAUUCUGGGGUAUGUCCUGUUUGCUUUCUGAGAGUGGGGAUGAAUAUUGUUGGACAUAUUGCUACACAUCAUGGAAACAUUUCUAAUAAGAGUUGGCACAAGUUGAAACUUAACAAAGGCGAGUCUCAUUCAACUUUAUUGACUUUAAGGAAGGAAUUGCAAAAUGGGCAUUUUCAAUCUCUUCUUGCUAGGUCACCAUCCUCAGUUUCCUCCUCCAGAAUGACUCUUGAUCCAUUGCUAUCAUUUGUUUACAACACGCCUGCUGUUGAUAUGUCUGAAAGUGUACAGGUUGAUUCAUCAACUGGAGAAAAUGCAGAAGAGAAAAUCUCAUUCGAGAAAACAUUAGAGACAAAUGUCAUUCAAUCUUCCUUAUCAGACAAGGACCAUGCGGAGAAGGCAAAGAGGUGCGAAUUUGUACAGGGACUGAUGUUAUCCACCAUCUUCAAUGAUGACUUGUGAAUGAGACACAUUGUCUGAUCUGAGGACAAGUUCACAGACCAAUGUUUUGAUACCGCGAUAGAGAAAGCUAGGUUAGAUGUAGGAAUUUGAUGCAAUGAUGAACAAAUUAAUGUAGUCAAAUUGGGACAAGAAUCACUUUCUUAUAUACCCUAUCAUUUAAAGCUUUAAGAAGAAUGCAAAGAUCAUUAUUCCACUA